AUGAGCUCCUCACUCGGUGUAGUUUCUCACUCGGCAUCAAUCGGGAGUUUCACCACUCGUCGGGGUGUAGCUAGAGUAGAGAAAGAAAUCCCUAAUCUAUCGGCCAACUCGGAGAUGCCGUUCAAACUUGCUAAGGGGAAGAUAAAUAGAGGAAAGCCCGAGUCGCUUCAAGCUCAAGAGCUAAGGCUAGGGAAUAAUUCUAUCAAUCGGCAUCAACCGGCUAAAAGAAAGUCAUUUCUCGGAUUUCUUGCUCUUGUUGCUGCUGCUAUUGAUGAAGAGGACGGUCACCUGCAGCUCUUGAAUCCCUUGUUGUUUAGAGAUCAAUCGGCCUUAAUCGGCCAGUCGGUGCAGUUUCAAACUCAAACAGCAGUUAAGUCGAAAGAGUUGCUUUCUCCUCACUCGCUGCUAAAGGCCUUAUCUCGAGUGGACAAAUCGACUUUCAUAGUCAAAAAAGUAACCGGGAAAGCUGCAUGGCAGGGGGUUAGGAUCGGACCGAGUGAGUGGUACUUUUCUUCCGGUCUGGCCAAAGCUAUUCUCCUGAUGGCGGAGUUACUGAUGAAUUCUCCAUUUGAUCUAGAAGAAAACAGACAGACCAUGGAUGAAUUCCCCUCUAGAUGCUCUAGAAGACUAAAAGAAUGCGUCCUGACUGGUCAAACGAAAGAGCAAAGAAACCGAAAACAAGGCAAGCGAUCCCUCCCGUACCUCACCAAAGACCUAACUCUCCAACCGCUCGGAACAACAACUCGAACUCGUGCGUUUACUGAUUACUUGGACCGUCAUGUACUCGUACGCGAGUUUGUGGCCGAAUUCAAUCCCCUUCAUAAAGGUCCGGUUUUGGACCCGUUUACUGUUACGUGA